AUGACAGCCGUUCGAUUUCACGGGCGUGGAGAUAUCCGCCUGGACCAACUCCAAGAGCCUCAAUGUGGAAAGGGCGAAGUAAAAAUGAAGCCCGCUUUUGUCGGAAUCUGCGGGACCGAUCUGCACGAGUACACAUCUGGGCCGGUUCUGGUUCCCGAAACCAAGCAUCCUAUCACUGGGGAGAAGACGCCAAUUACUAUGGGUCACGAAUUCAGCGGCAUAAUAGAGGAAGUCGGCGAAGACGUGAAAGGUCUUUCUCGCGGCCAACGUGCUGUUGUUCGGCCGACAAUUUACGAUGAGAAAUGCACAGCCUGCAAGCAAGGCUGUAGGCACUGCUGCAAAAAUAUUGGAUUCAUCGGUUUAAGCGGUUAUGGCGGUGGGAUGGCUCACCACAUAGUCGCACCCGCUGAGCAUUUCUACCCGCUUCCAGAUAAUGUCUCCCUGGAGAUGGCUGCACUAAUCGAGCCACUCGCAGUGGCCUGGCACGCGGUGAACAUUUCCCCGUUCAAACCUACCGAUAGUGCCAUGGUCUUGGGAGGUGGUCCGAUUGGGAUCGGAGUGAUUCAAGUCCUCAAGCUGCAGGGGGCGAAGAAUAUCGUUGUCGUGGAGCCGAUGGAGAAUCGCCAGAAGCUUGCUCUGGACUAUGGCGCUACUCAUAUCUUCGACCCCCGAGAAGUUGAUAUUCCCGAAGAAGCACUCAAUGUAACGGAGAAAAAGGGGAUAGAUGUCAUUUUCGAUACUGCGGGUGUUGAAAUCGCACUCAAUGGCGUCAUCCCGGCAUGUCGAGUCCAUGGAACCAUUGUCAACAUAGCUGUUUGGGAGAACAGGCCGGCUCUCAAGGUGAAUGACCUGACAUACAAGGAGGUCAACUACAUGGGUGCUGCUUUGUAUGAUGAAAGGUCAUUCAAGCAUGUGAUUGAAGCAUUGAGCUAUGGUCAGCUCAAGCCAGAUAAAAUGAUCACAGCCAAAAUAAGAUUAGGCGAGGCCGUGGAGAAGGGCUUCCAAGAACUACUUGAUCAUCGGGAUCAACACUGCAAGAUCCUGAUUGAUGCCCAGACGUCAUAG